AAUCAAAAUAGCACAUACAAAAUUACUGAAACUGAAAAUAUGAAAGUAAUUCAAAAUAAUAUGAAUACUUUAGUAAAUACAAAAUGAAUACUGGGAUAAAUCAUAAAACACAAUAAAACAUAACAUAGCAUAUAAAAUACAAAUAUACUGAUCUUUAAACAAAAGAAAAUGAACGGAAGGCGUUCAAGAAAGGGUGAAAAUCUCCAAACUCUGUUUUCGGUUUUUACGAAAGAGUGAAAUUUGAUGCUGGUCCCUAGCUUCUAAGAAAAUUUCCCUGGUUUUCAUUGGCUAAAGCAGAAGACUGGCGCGUUUGUUCGAGGAAGUUUACACUGUCAGAACGUGUUUUCUGUGAUAUGGAUAAAAGCGAUGUUUCUGUAUAGCCAUUUACUAUUUCAAUGCAAUGAUUUAGAUAUUCAUUUUUUAACUUAAAGUCAUGUUGCGUUGACACGGUGACGAGUUUAUUGUGUGUAACUGGCCCAAAUGCAGUGCUGAUCUGUUGAAUUUAUUGGGUGUUUCUGUAUGUUGGAAUAACCUGAUCCCGGUUAUAUGAUAUGGAGAGCAAGAGCGGUCGGUUUCCUUUCCCCUUCCAGCCCUAUCCUAUUCAGGAGAGCUUCAUGGAGGCACUUUACACUGCUCUUGAUCAGGGGAAAAUUGGUAUAUUCGAAAGUCCCACUGGCACGGGAAAGUCUCUGAGUCUUAUAUGCGGGGCACUGACGUGGCUGAGAGACCAUGAGGAGAAGAAGAAACGAGAGGCUGCUAGACUUCUGGACAAACCGAAGGAGUGUGACCCCGUGAAGGAGAAGAACAGCAACAGCCAGCUAUCAGAGCCAGACUGGGUGUCUGAGUUUGUGGAGAAGAAAGCAGAAAGAGACAUGGUGAACAAGUUAAAGGAUGAAGAGCUGAAACGGAAGAAGCGUGAGGAGAGACUGGAGAUGAUCCGACACAAUGCCCAGCUCAGAUAUGAUAUGAAGAGAAAAGCCAAUGAAGAUGAUGAGGCUGUAAAAUUACUACAGCUCAGCAGAGAGGGGUUAGAGUCAGAGAGCCACGAUCCAGAGGACGAGAGGCUUAUUGUAGCAGAAUAUGAGAGUGAUGAUGAGGCCACGCCAAAGAGCAGGCUGUGUGAUGAUGACGACGAUGAAGAUCUAGAAGAGGAUCAUGUCACUAAGAUUUAUUACUGUAGCCGAACUCACUCUCAGCUGGCUCAGUUUGUGCACGAGGUACAGAAGAGUCCAUACGGGGCCGCUGUCCACUUGGUUAACCUGGGCUCUAGACAGAAUCUGUGCAUCAAUCCAGAGGUCACCCGGCUCGGAAACGUCCAAAUGAUGAACGACCGCUGUUUGGAAAUGCAGAAAAACAAACAUGAGAAGCGAGAAAAAGCACCAGACUUGGAGCCGAAGCGGCGUCGAGGUGAUGUCAAGGCGACGUGUGCCUUCUCGGGUUUUGAGAAUUUGAUGGCGAUGAGGGAUGAAGUGCUGGUGAAGGUGCGAGACGUGGAGCAGCUCCUACAGCACGGGCGGGAAACACACACGUGUCCUUACUACAGCACACGGAUGGCCAUACCUGCAGCUCAGGUGGUGGUAUUGCCGUAUCAGUCGUUGCUCCAUGCUUCCACCCGCAAAGCGUCAGGGAUCAAACUAAAGGAUCAGAUUGUCAUUAUAGAUGAGGCUCAUAAUCUGACUGACACCAUCUCAGCCAUACACAGUACAGAAAUCAGUGGAGCACAGCUCUGCAGGGCUCAUUCACAGCUCUCUCAGUACUGUGAGCGCUACAGAAGUCGACUGAAGGCGAAAAAUCUGAUGUACAUCAAACAGAUCCUCUUUGUGUUGGAGGGGCUUGUGCGAACACUUGGAGGUAAAGUGGGUCAGAAUCCGAACACCCAGUUCUGCCAAACAGGAAGUGAGCUGCUGACUAUCAACGACUUCCUGUUUAAGGCUCAAGUUGAUAACAUAAACCUCUUUAAGGUUCAGCAAUAUUUUGAGAGGAGCAUGAUCAGCCGAAAGCUGUGUGGAUUUGUGGAAAAAUAUGAAGGCAGCGGUGUAAACACACACUCGAAGAACAAAGAGAACCGUCGCAUAGAAGGACUCGGGCGUUUCCUGCAGACGCUUCAGAACAAACCCACAGAUGUUUUAGAUCAGCAGGUGGCAGUAGAGGACAAACCAAUCAUGGCUUCUCCAAUGAUGCUGGUUGAAAGUUUCCUAUUUGCCCUCACUAACGCCAACAAAGACGGACGAGUCGUGAUACAAAGGCAGGCAUGUCUUGCCCAGAGCAGUGUGAAGUUUCUCCUGCUGAAUGCUGCAGUUCACUUCGCACAGAUCGUCCAGGAGUGCAGGGCUGUGAUCAUCGCCGGGGGAACCAUGCAACCCGUUGCGGAUUUCAAAGAGCAGCUUCUAUUUUCCGCAGGGGUCACAGAAGACCGUAUUUUAGAGUUCUCGUGUGGUCAUGUCAUACCCCCUGAGAACAUCCUACCCAUAAUCCUUUGCGCCGGCCCCUCGGGACAACAGUUGGAGUUCACUUUUCAAACUAGAGACACUCCGCAGAUGAUGGAGGAGACAGGCCGUGUUCUAUCAAACCUCUGUAACAUAGUGCCAGGGGGCGUAGUCUGUUUCUUCCCCUCCUACGAAUAUGAGAAGAGGAUUCUGGGACACUGGGAGAGCACUGGUGUCCUCCAGCGGCUGCAGUCUAAGAAAAAGAUUUUCCAGGAGCCGAAAAAAGCCUCUCAGGUUGAGCAAGUGCUCACUGACUAUUCCAAGUGUAUACAGCGCUGCAGUAAUGCCAGCAGUGGCCAGACGGGGGCGCUGCUAUUCUCUGUAGUCGGAGGGAAAAUGAGUGAAGGAAUCAACUUCUCUGAUGACCUGGGCAGAUGUAUCGUUAUGGUUGGAAUGCCGUAUCCCAACAUAAAGUCGCCAGAGCUGCAGGAGAAGAUGGCUUACCUGGAUAAGCACAUGCCUCACAUUAGUGGUAAAAGUCCCGGGAAGGCUUUGGUUGAGGGUCUGUGCAUGAAAGCUGUCAAUCAAUCUAUUGGUCGUGCGAUCCGACAUCGUGGCGAUUACGCCUGCAUAGUGUUGUGCGACCAUCGGUACGCCCGAUCGGGCACACUGCAGAAACUUCCUCAAUGGAUUCGUUCCAGCACUCACACGCACACAACGUUUGGUCCCGCCUUCGCCAGCGUCAGGAAGUUUUUCCUGGAGAAGCGACAGAGCCCGCCACUCUGAGGCCAUCGACUCGACAGUGUGUAAAAGUACUCUGCAUUAUCAAUGUUUGUAUGAUUACUCUGGCCUUGUGAAUUGUUGCGUUCUGCCACUUCUGUUCUCAUGUGUUUUUAGGUUCAGUUCUUGACUUUCAUUGAAAUGAAAGCUCAUUUUUACAAAACCACAAUGUGAAGCCAACAGACUGGUUGAUAUGGGCUAAAACAACCAUAGAAGAUUAGAGUUUAUUUUUCUGUACUAAAGCUACAAAUGUUUUAGUGCAUGUAAAACAGUUUUAUAUACAUUCUUUUCUUCCUUAAUGGAAUAUAAUUCACAAUCAACUUCAUUGUCACCCUGCAUGAGAAGUGAAAAAUGUUCAUCAAAAAGUGUGAUUAAGUAUUAAAGUCAUCAUAAAACAA